UGCAGCACUAUAAAAUGUUCAGAGGAUGAAGUGUGCCAGAUGAAAGGAAACUCCCCAAAGUGUGUCAAAAAACCACCGACCAUCAAAACAGGUACCUGCUGGGCAAUGGGAGAUCCUCACUACCGCACUUUUGACGGUAACUACUACAACUUCAUGGGCAACUGCACCUACACGAUGGUCAAGAACUGCCAUGUUGAUGAAGACCACCCAGCUUUUGAGGUUGACGCUCAGAAUGGCAAACAUGCUGGUUCAAAGGUCAUAGUUGUCAGCAAGGUGAUCAUUAAAGUGUAUGGGUACACUAUGACUAUUGUGCGAUCAGAGUUUGGCCUUGUCAGGAUGAACCACACAUUGUGGAAUCUCCCCAUCAACCUGGGAAAUGGCAAGGUGAAGCUAUCCCAGAGCGGCCUGUCAGUCCUCGUUGAGACAGAUUUUGGCUUGACUGUGCAGUAUGACUGGAAGGAGUAUCUUGUCAUCACAGUGCCAGGCAGUUUUUCUGGCAAGGUGUGUGGCCUGUGUGGCAACUUCAACAGUAAAAAGGAGGAUGACCUGGAAACUCCUACUGGCUCCAAGACCAGCAGUGUAGAGGCCCUGGGCAAGAGCUGGAGGGUUCCUAAUGUGACAGAUGAUGGUCAAUGCCAAGACAAAUGCUCAGGCCAGUGUGAGACCUGUGAUAACGACAACUUUUUUUACAGGCUGACUACCAGGAUGUACUGCAGUUUUCUCACCAGUGUCAUGGAUGGACCACUCAGUGACUGUAGUGCUGUCAUUGACCCCAAAAUCUUUCACGAGAACUGUUUGUUUGAUUUGUGCAUGGGUGAAGGGAUGAAGAACUUCCUGUGUAACACCUUGCAGAUGUAUGCUGAUGCCUGUCAGAGGGCCGGCAUCAAAAUUCAUGACUGGAGGCACCUUGCCCAUUGCUCGCCACCCUCAUGUCCAGAGAACAGCCAUUAUGAGAUCUGUGGGAAUGCCUGCCCUGCCACCUGUGAAAACCCAGAUGCUGCCAAAAAGUGCAAGAAAAGCUGUGUGGAGACCUGUGUCUGUGACGAAGGCUUCCUGCUUAGUGGCACCAAGUGUGUCCAUAAGGCCGAGUGUGGUUGCUUGUACAAAGAUAAGAGCCUCUACAUUGAGGCUGGAGCCUCCAUCUUUACUGAUGACCGCUGUACCGAGAGGUGCACAUGCAACAAAGCUACUAAGGAAGUUGAUUGCGAGAAACCAGGUUGUAAACAGGGGUUUGAGUGCAAGGUGGUUGAUGACCUUAUUGGCUGUCACCCGAUAGCCCACGCCGAGUGCAGCAUGAUUGGUGGCCCUCACUUUGAGACCUUUGAUGGGCAUAAUUACAACUUCCUGGGCACCUGUGUGUAUCAACUGGCUGGGGUCUGCUCGAAAGAUCCUUCCCUGCAACAGUCUAAAGUUUUUGUGCAAAAUGAUGCCCAUGGUAAAGGAGUUGGUUCCGGUGCACAGCUGGUGGAGGUCAACAUUUAUGGAACUUCAGUUGUGGUCACAAGAAGGCACAAAGGCUCUGUCCUGAUAAAUGGAGAACUUACCAACUUACCUGUCACACUCAAACACAAUAUCACAAUCUACCGGUUUGGUGACUUUGCUGAGAUCCAAACAGAAUUUGGCCUGCAAGUCAGCUACAACUGGCAUUCAACAGUUAAGGUCACAGUCCCCGGGACAUAUGCAGAUGCCAUGUGUGGUCUGUGUGGCAAUUACAAUCACAACCCCAAAGAUGACCUGCAGUUGAAGAAUGGCACGCAGGUGGCGUCAGCAGAAGAACUAGGAAAAAGUUGGAGGGUUGCUGAGAUCCCAGAUUGCGUUGAAGGCUGCAAGAAAAACAGCGACUGUCCCAGCUGUGACAUCACCCAGAAAGAGAAAUAUGAGACCGAUAGGUACUGUGGAUUAAUACGAAACCCCACAGGCCCCUUCAGCAAAUGCCAUGCCAUCAAAAGUCCUGAAAGCUUGUUUAAGAGUUGUGUGCAUGAUGUGUGCCUUUACAAUGGCAAGAAAGGCUCCUGGUGUAGCCAUCUCCACAGUUACACGAUAGAAUGCCAAAGCAAAGGAGUCAAUGUGUCCCAGUGGAGGACAGACCACUUCUGUCCUAUAUCUAAGAUAAAGUUACCUGACAACAGUCAGUAUGAACACUGCGGCAAUGUUUGCCAUGCAACCUGUGACACUGGGUUACCUCCACCUGGCUGCAAGAAGCGCUGUCAGGAAGGAUGGGUGUGCAAAGAUGGCUUCCUACUCAGCACAAUAAACAAUAAACCUGAGUGUGUACCUGUUGAGCAGUGUGGUUGCAAACACAAAGACAAAUAUUAUUGGAAGGGACAGAGUUUUCUGACAUCAGACUGUCAGCAAAAUUGCACCUGCAAUGGCCAUGGCAUGGUGCAUUGCGAGAAACACUCUUGUGGGCCAUUUGAGAUGUGCGGGCUGAUCAAGAACGUUCGAUCAUGUCAUCCAGUGGGAAAUAAAACCUGCACAAUCGCAGGUGAUCCACAUUACAAAACCUUUGACAACCAUUACUAUGACUUCCAAGGCACUUGCACCUACACUGCAGCUAAAUCAUGCCAUCUGGAGGGCUCACGACUCAAAGCCUUCUCUGUGGUUGUGGAGAAUGAGAAGUGGACACAGACAGAUCAGCCAAAUGUGGCUGUAGCCAAGCUUGUUGCCGUGGAGGUGUACGGCAACACCCUGGUCCUCCGAAGUAAUCAACUUAAAACAAUCAUGUUGAAUGGUAACUUGACAACCAUUCCUCUUAACCUCAAUGACGGACAAGUGGAAGUCUUCCAGGAGGGCUUCCAUUAUGCUAUCACAACUGACUUUGGCCUGAAGGUGACUUAUGACAUGAUCUACAAAGUCACUGUUACUGUUCCUGGAAACUACAAGGACAAAACCUGUGGCCUGUGUGGCAAUUAUAGCGACAUCAAGACAGAUGAGUUUGAGCUCCCUGAUGGAAAUACUACCAAGGAUAUCCAGUCCUUUGGAGCAGCCUGGAAAAUGUCCAUGCAAGGGGUGGUCUGUGAAGAUGGCUGCAGUGGUGACCAAUGCCCCAAAUGUAACAGCACAUUAAAGAAAAUCUUUGAGAAAGAUUGUGAAAGCAUCACAAAUUCUCACGGGGCCUUUGCUGCCUGCCACAGCCAACUUAGUCCUGAGUCUUACUACAGAGAUUGUGUCUAUGACGUCUGCAUGUCUCAUGGAGACCGCAACGUUCUAUGCAGCAGCAUCUCAGCAUACCUGACUGACUGUCAGACCAUUGGAGUAAAGAUUAAUAACUGGAGGACGUCUGAUUUCUGCCCUGUUAAGUGUCCUGAAAACAGUCACUACCAGAUCUGCGCUGAAACCUGUGGCUCUCCGUGUCCUGGUCUCACUGACACCAUUGACUGUCCCACCACUUGUGCUGAGGGCUGUGCCUGUAAUGACGAUUUUUACUUCAACGGGACUGACUGUGUUGCCCUGGAGGAAUGUAGCUGUUACUACAAGGGACGUGCCUAUAAGAUUGGCGAGUCUGUCCCAUCUGAGCAGUGCCAGCGGCGCUGCAACUGUACAACAUCUGGUGAAGUUGAGUGUGAGGACUUUUCAUGCAGUGUUACAGAGAACUGCCAGGUCAUCAAUGGUAUACAUGGCUGCCAUCCCAAACAGUGUCGGCUGGAGACCGGAGGCCACAUUACUCUUUUCAGUGGCACAACUGGCACUAUUUCUGUCAUGGGGGCUUAUGACAUCAUCACACACUGUGACGAAUCAGCUGCUGACUGGUUCAGAGUUGUGGCCAAGCUCCAGGAGUGCCCUCUGACUGGUGUGAAGAGCGCUGCAGCAGUUUACGUCUACUUUAAUGACCUGAGUGUCACUGUUACUGACAAACAUGAGACCUGGAUCAAUGGUAAAAAGGUGACUCUCCCCAGCAUGCCUGGAAUAAAUAUCUUUGUGAGACGCGGUGAAAACAACAUAAUUAUCAAGCAGACGUCACACUUCCAGCUGUCUUACAGCAACACCCAGCAGCUCACUGUAACUGUGAGUGACAACAUGGCGGACAAAUUGUGUGGAGCAUGUGACAGAUUCUCGGCCGUGAGAGACACCAUGGGCUUCUCGCAGGACACUAUGCAGGAGUACAUGGCCUCAUUUUCUGCACAGGACUUCCCCACAUGUGAGUUGUGAAAGACAGAUCUUCUCAACACACAGAGAUCAACACAACGGUAUUAUCAUCUGCAGAAAAUUCAACAUUAAAUCAGCACUGAAUGAUUUACUUAAAAUAUGGC